UAGUGAUUGUCAUUGGGCGUGACAAUUUCAGAAGUGAAACAAGAAACAAGUAGGAAGGGGCGGGGGGCGUGUGAAGGAGUCUUGGCGGAGGGGUUAUUUCAUCACCAUUCAGCAAUCAGCAGCAGCAGGAAGAGAGACAAGUAAAUAAAUUCCUGUUGCUUGGGUGAGGGGUCAUUGCUUCUACGAGUAUUACCUAAACCCAAUCCCAAUUUCACAUCUUCCUCAAUUCUAAUUUUUGUUUCUGAAAUUGAAAUCCCCAAUUUUUAUAAACCCUAAAAUCAAAUUUAAAAAUUAGACGCAGACGAAGAUAUAGAUGGCUGGUAUUAUAAGAUCAAGCUUGUCAUUCAUAGUGGGAACAGUAUUCGGUGUUUAUGUGGCUCAAAAUUACAACGUCCCCAACAUGAGGAAGCUUGCUGAUACUGGUAUGGCCAUGUUCAACCACCUCGAGCAAACCUAUCGCAAACCCAAGAAGCGUGGGGAGGAGGACGAUCACUAAUUUACCUGUAUUUCUUCUUCCCUUUUUCUUUAUUUUUAUUUCAAUGUAUACUGCUGGACAUCAUUUAUGGUUUUUUCCUUUGAUUUAUUAUAUCAACUACCAGCUUUUGAUUUAUCUUUCUGGAUUUUCAAGAUUAUCUAUUAUUUUGGCUUUAAAUCUUAA